GAGAUGAAGGAUGGGAGGGUGUAAGACAAUCUCACUUGCAAUACUUUUCUCUAUGUGUCCGUAUCACUCAGUCCAUCUCUGGAGCGUAAGGGGAAAAAACAGGGGGAGCCGACAGAGUCGCCCCACUUUCUGAGGUUUUCAUCAACAAUAGUGAGGCCUGAGCAGAAAAACACAUGACUCUAUAGACUGACACUUGUAAUUUGAUGUGAGAACGAUGGAGGGCUUCAACGAGCUGCUUCUUAAACUCAGGGAGGUCCAUGAGCGAGAGCUUGAGGCUUGGCAGAUGAAAGUGCAAGAACUGUCCAACAAGAAGGGCUGUGAUACAAAGCGAAUGGAGGAGCUGUUCACCAAGAACCAGCAAAUGAAGGAGCACCAGCGAUUACUCACUGAAAACAUCAAGACACUUGAAAACAGGCUGAGGGCAGGCCUGUGUGACAGAUGUACCGUCACUCAAGAGGUGGCUAAAAGAAGACAGCGGGAGUUUGAAAUGUCUCAGAUGCAGACCAUCCAGCACAUCACACUGCUAGCCGGAGAGAACAAUAAUCUAAAAAAGGAAAACAGGAGACUACGAGACGAGAUUGAUCAUCUAAGAGAAGCACUUAACCGCACACCUGUGGAGGUCAAACCUGACAUCUCUCCUGACCUUUCACCUUUAUCUGGACCUAUCUCCAUGACAACUGGCAGGGCCACCUCCGACCAGCCAAUAGAUGGCAAUGUUGCAGUGAAAACAGACACAAACCAAAUGGCUGACGAACCUCGCGAAGAGCUCAGACAACUGCAAGGAAUAAGCAAGAGCCACUACGCUACUCCAACUUACGCCUCACCAUCCUGGAAUACAGAAAACAAUGUGUCACAUACUGAGAGGAGAUCUCUCAUUGUGGGAGCCCUGGAACAGCCACUCCCAGUCUCCUGUCAAGCUCUUCCUCUGAGGAUGUCCUCGUCCUCUCUCAAUGCUGAUGUGAAUCCAACCAGACAUACAAUCAAAGCCCCCGUCCCCUGUCGUCCUCAACCAAUCAAAAACAGCCCUGUUGCCUUCCCUUGGGCUCUACCGGAAUCUUCUGCCUGGGCUUCAAUGGCCGCUUCAGGCAUAAACCUGGUGAGGCACCCUUAUCCCAAAACAAAUCUUCCUCAAUUUCCAUGCUUGGUCCAAAGUAGCCAGCACAUCAGCGUUUCCAGCAAUCAAGAUCAUGUUUAUGGGUCUCAGUGGCACAAGCAUAGUGGCUUUCAAGGCCACAUAAAUGAACCAACUGUGGUAUUUAGGUUGAAGAAUCAAUCUGAGCACACAGAGAUUCCGGGUAAGUCUCAGGAGAAGAAGGAUAUACAAACAUCCAGCACCAAAAGAGUUUUGGGGGACGGCUUCCAAGAUCUCUGCGAGGGUCCUCUAGAUCUGUCGGACAGAGGAAAGUCGAAACCCGGCCAAACAACGAAACAUGAACCGUUUUUAUCCCCACAAGAGGGUGAGGGUGUAAACAAGAGAAUUGACAAGGAAUUGAUGCAGAGUAUUCCCAUUCAUGAGCAACCCGCAUCACCUCCCACUUCUCAAUCUUUGACGCCAUCCUUGCCCAUGGUCACACAUCAAGAAGAAGCUACGCGAAAGAAACACGAGCAGGUGGUAAAAGAAAAUGUGGAGCAGAAAAAAGAGGCCACUGGAAAGACAGAGCCAAGCAAUGGAAAGAAGGUCCCUGCCCUCACAAUAUCAUUACGGCCAGUAGUGGUGCUGGAGAGUAUAAAUUCCACUCAAACACAAGACUCCCUAUCAACAAAUGGCAAGUCACCACCACCAAAGGUCGAGCCAGGAGGCUCAGAGGAACAGGUGGAGGAGGAGGUGGAGGAAGAGGAGGAAGAGGAGAAGCAAGAUGAAGAAGAGGCGGAGGAAGAGGAGGAGGAGGAAGAAGAGGACAACAUAUCAGAACAGGAGACCCACCAUAGCUACAAGAGGAAGAAAUUAUUUGCGGAUACAGAAAUGGACCAAGACUCAGACACAGACUUCAUGGCCAAAGCAAAAAAGGUCAAGAUCACAGUGAGAGCUCCAGAGGCCUCCAGCUGACUGGAGUGGACAUGAGCAAUAUCACAUUAGAAAAAAAAACCGACUCAAUACAGUAAUGACCCAAGAUUUUACUCAGAAUUGGGGAUUCCAAAACUCAUAUAGUACCAUCUCUUAUGUCUUGAAAUUUAUUUUCAAAAUAAAAAACUUCAUCAAGUGGAAACUGUCCAACAUGUAAAUGCUGAGACGGACUCUUGGCCAGACAGAACGUCCAGUAAAUAAAUAAAUAAAUAAACAAAUAAGCAAGCAUAAAGCUUCUUAAAAGCAUUCCUCACAAGCCGUGCAAACCUUCCCCUAAUCACUAUGAGCAGUACCGCUUAUGACAUCAGAGAAUGUCAAUCCCCAAGUGUCUCAAGCUGUCCGGAGAUGCUUACAAAUUCUUCCCAUGUGACUUACUGCGGCUUGUUUUCUCAAUGCCCGAAAACACGAAUGACACCAGCCAUGAACUUUAUGCAAGACUAUACCGGCAAAGCAACUUUCAUUGUGACGUGAACGCUUGCAAAGAGGCUGUAAGGAACACUCUUCACUUGUCAAUUCCACAAGUAGGUAUUAUAUUGAAUUCACACCAGUGCAGGAAGUUGUGUGAUAGCUGAUCUCUGUCUAUUAAAUACACUUAAAUGAAAACGGGCUUUAUCGUACAUCGCACAUACAGUCUCCUAAUUCACCCACAGAUGACUAUCUUGCUUUAGGUUUCCUUAGUAUUUAGUGUAUGUCAUACAGUAAUGAUAAAUAAUAAUUAUUUUCCACAUUUGGCUAAGUCGCAACUACCCUAGAGUUGUAGUAUGUAUCAGGUGCUUUCGGACUCGCUCACCAAGUCUCAGUACAUAGUGUCAUCUUGUUUAUGAAACAUGUUUAUAAUUAUUUCACUUUCCUGGCAGUGGUGUCACCGCUUGGAUAUUUUUACCAUAACGUCCCCCUCCUGCUGCCUUUAGAUACUUAAGUGGCCCAACAAAAGGGAAAAAAUGAGUAAAACAACUUCCUCUUCCUCUUUUUCAGUUUGAAAAUGCACAUAUUUUGCAACUACUAAGUUUCCACUUACAGCUGUGACAGCAUCUGUUCAUGCGGAAGGGUGCGUGUGAUAAAACUACAGUUACAAUGUUGGUUUAAUAAUAGACUGCUGCAAAGUCACUGUGGUGCUUGUCCAUCUCGGCAAUGCUCCGUUAAUACUCGCUGUGUCAUAGGUGAUUCCAUAAAAGCAGUCAUUAAUUUUGUUAUCAAUAACAUUUGCACUUUUGGACUUUAUUUUUGUAUUUGUGUCCACUUCAUUGUAGCCUUUUUGUGAGCAACCAUGAUGCGAUCUGGUCAUCUUUCCAUUAUGUGGAUAAAUAGUCAAUAUUUUGCCAUUGUAUUUCAGAUCAUUAAAGAUAUUUUGUAAGCUUA